ACGACGGUCGGAGCAGUGGAAAAACGAGAUCUCAGAAGUUUCUCUCUCUCUCUCUCUCUCUCUCUCUCCCACAGAUCCGAAGAAGAAAGGAGGAGGAAGAAAAGUUGGAGGGAAUUGGAGGCUUUCGAGGGAUUUUGGAGGAGACAUUGAUGACGAUGGAUAGGGAGAAGGAGAGGGAGGUCGAAUUGGAGAGCGCCAUGUACACCAAUUGCCUGUUGCUGGGGCUGGACCCUUCCGUACUGGGAAUGAGCAAUGGCAUGCCGAAGACGGGACUCUUCCGCCAUUCCAACCCAAGGAUGGGCGAGACCCUCCUCCAUUUCAUUCUCUCCGCCCUCCGCGGCCCUGCCCAGGCGGCCAAGGAUUUUGACAAGGUCUGGCCGAUCUUCGACGCGACUCAGUCGAGGGAUUUUCGGAAGAUUGUACAGGGAAUCAUAAACGAGCUUGAAUCUCAAGGAGCACUUCCGAGAAGCAAUUCACGUGUUUCAUCACUUGCUACUUGUUGUGGACAAAGAUUUGUUGAACUUUUGUGGCAGCUGUCUGUACAUGCCUUAAGAGAGGUUCAUAAAAGAGCAUUUGCGGCUGAUGUUGCUGCUGAUCCGCUGCCAGCGUCAUUGACAGACAUCUCUUAUUUGCAUGCAGCUGCCUUGCUUCCUGUCACAAAGGCGAGGAUUGCUCUUGAAAGAAGGAAGUUUUUGAAGACUGCAGAUGUUGCUGUGCGUAGGCAAGCUACAUGGUCAAGUUUAGCUCAUGAUAUGACUGCUGAGUUCCGUAGUCUUUGUGCUGAGGAGGCUUAUUUGCAACAAGAAUUAGAAAAGUUGCAUGAUCUAAGGAACAAAGUAAAGUUGGAAGGUGAGCUCUGGGAUGGUCGUGUCGCAAGUUCUCUUGAUCAAAAUUCUCAUCUUGUUUCGAAGGCAACUCGACUCUGGGAUUCUUUGUUGUCUCGUAGAAGUCAGCAUGAAGUUCUUGCCUCAGGCCCAAUUGAGGACUUAAUAGCACAUCGUGAGCAUCGGUAUCGAAUAUCUGGAUCAUCUUUGCUUGCAGCUAUGGAUCAAAGUUCUCAGCUGGCUCCAGAUACUCUGUCCAUCCAAGCUGGUGACUUGAAACAUGCUGAUAAGCAAGAAUAUCAAGAAGGAUCACUUUUAAGUGCAAAAAAAGAAAAACAGAAAAGCAGUUCUGAGCAAAUUCAUUCGCAAGUAAGUGGCGAAGAUACUUCGCGUGUUGAUGAUAGAGGUGGUAAGGUUCAGCCAGUUGUGGAUGUUGCAGAAGUCUUGAGGUGUUGGACGCAUGCAUUACAACGGAUACAUAAACAGGCACUUAUCUUGGCUAAGUCCAAUGAUGGUGAGGGUCCAGAACUUUUACGAGCCACGACUAGUAACAGCAGCAGCAGCCAUGCUGAAUCUCUUUCUACAACUCUGGCAGAACACCGCCAACACUUGGCUAGUAUACAGGUGCUUAUUAGUCAAUUGAAAGCAGCUAUCCCGUCAAUGCAAGACUCUAUAUCUCAGCUUACAGAUGAAGUAAAUAGCUUCUCAGCUGUUGCUUUAAGUAAUGAUCCUACCUGGCUUGCAACUUCAAUUCAUCCUCAAAGUGGUGGACGGGCAACAGAAGACAACAUUGUCCAACCAGUUGAGUCAGAGAGAAAAUUCCCUCCCCAGCCUGAGCAGUUUUUGAGCAGUCCUGCUCUUAAACUGCCGCACUUGUUUACUUUGACCCCAAAUUCUUCUGCCAAGAGUGGCAUUGCACAAAGGAGACAAACAGUAUCUGCUCACCAAACCAACAAGCCUGACGAACUAGCAGAAUGCAGUAAAGUAGAGCGGCCAUUGGUUGCAAGUCAUGAAGACAACUCAGCACGAGAGGACUCUGUUCAGAAUUUGAAGCGGUCCAUUCGUGCAUCUGCUCUUUGUGUUCGACCCAAUGGAAUGGGCCUUCCGAGAGACAAUAAAAUUGAUACAACUGAACACUACUUUAUACCACUUUCAACAGAUGGACUUGCUCAGAAGGAUGCUACUGUCAAAGCUACGAACAGAGGCAAACCUUUGAGAUCACCCCAAGAGCUUUGCAUCCUCAACAAUGGUUUAGUUGAUGAGAGAGAUAAUGGGUCUAUUUUGGACGAAUCUGAUGAUCUAGCGGGUCACUUGGAUCAUGCUUGUAGACUUAUGGAUGAUGAAUACACAAGCGAGUUUCUUUCACCAGUCAGCCCAAAAUAUAUGGUCGAUAAUAGAUUAUCACUGUUUCACAAUAUUUGGGAUGGUCAAGACCACGCUCUGUCACCUCCUUUGCUGAUCGAUGCAUCUCUAGCACCUGAUACGUAUGAAGAUUUACUAGCACCAUUAUCUGAAACUGAAGAUGCUUUAAUGGAAAGAUGAACAUUGACAGUUCAAGCAUUGGGUUCUAUUUCUUGAUUCUGCAUUCGCUAAACCCACAUUGUCGAUGGAGGAAAUUUCAUCAGCUAUACAGUGGGAACACCAAAACCCAUGUUCAUGGUGUAAAGUUUGGCAAUGCAACUUGAUGUAUUACUGCCGAGGGGGGAUAGUCCCGUCAGAUUGUUGUAUGUCCUUCAUGUGGUCGCAAUUAUUUUUUUAUUAUCCCUCAUCUCAGCUCGACUUUUCUUUUUUUAUUAUUAAGCAAUUUCAUGAUUCGUGAGUUUGCUUGUAGCGCCCAAGAAGUUUGUUUCUUCAGUUUGUAUGAAAUUUCCUCAGCCCAUUGCUUUGAUA